AUGGCCACCUCAUUACCAAACCCUGAGACCCCUCUGACUGUCACUGCUAUGAGUCAGAAGGGAACCGGUUUCUCGUGGCUGUCCAACGCCGGCAUCGUGAAACUCAACUUGAUGCUGGUUUUAUUCCAGAUUUCGAGUUAUGCGACGGGGUAUGAUGGCUCAAUGAUGAAUGGCCUUCAGAGUCUGAAAACAUGGCAAAGCUCAUUUAAUAACCCUGGAGCGUCGGAAUUGGGCUUACUGAAUGCGAUCCAGAAUGUCGGCCAGCUGGUGACCAUGCCUAUCUGCGCCUAUAGUUGUGAUCGCUUUGGCCGUCGGCCUGUGUUAUUCCUGGGCGCCUUCAUACUCAUGAUCGGAGUGGCCCUCCAAGCCGCCGCUCAGAAUGUUGGCAUGUUCAUCGCCGCACGAGGGAUCAUUGGGAUGGGCCUCGUUCUCAACAUCACAGCAGCGCCAUUGCUUCUCCUCGAGCUAGCCUUCCCCAAGCAACAGGGGCCUCAGGUGGCCAUCUAUAACAGCUUGUGGAACCUUGGCGCCCUGGUCGCAGCUUGGGUCACGUAUGGUACCUUCCGAAUCAGCGAUACGUGGGCAUGGCGUAUUCCGUCGCUACUCCAAGGACUCUCUAGUGUGGUUCAAUUGGGUCUUUGCUUCUUGAUAGAGGAAUCACCACGCUGGCUCUUGAGUCAAGAGCGCGACGAAGAGGCCAGAAAGCUGCUCUGCAAGUACCAUGCCAACGGCAAUACCUCAGACCCGCUAGUAAGCCUGGAGAUGGAAGAGAUCCGUACGGCACUUCAACUGGAGAACGAAGCAAGAAGCAGCACAUCCUAUUUGAGCUUUUGCCAAAACAAAGCGAAUCUCCGACGCUUCUUCAUCAUCUUGUCCGUUGGCGUCUUCUCACAGUGGAGUGGCAAUGGGCUCAUCUCCUACUAUCUCACGCUGAUCCUGGAUUCCAUCGGGUAUACCUCUGAGAGCACACAGACGCUCAUAAAUGCCCUGCUUACUCUGUGGACAAUGCUGUGGAGUCUUGUCUUUGCUGCUGUGAUGAAUCGCUUCGGACGACGCACGCUGUUUCUCAUUUCUACCGCCGGCUCUCUCGCGGUCUACCUUGUGUGGACUAUCCUGGAGGCCACUUAUGAGAAAAAGACAGCUCUAGAUGGAACUGGAGGUGAUGGCUACGCCAAGGGUGUCCUAGCCAUGAUCUUCCUUUUCAACUUCUUCUUCUCGAUCGGGUGGACUCCAUUGCAGGUAACCUACUGCAUCGAAAUCCUGCCGUUUAACCUACGUGCUCGCGGGCUCGUACUAUACAACUUCUUUGUCGCUGUUGCUGGUAUUUUCAAUCAAUAUGUGAAUCCAAUUGGGGUCACCAACAGCACUUGGAAGUACUACAUCACUUACGAUGUGUGGCUUCUUUUUGAGCUCGUGGUGGUCUACUUCCUUUUCGUGGAGACGGGUAAUCUCAGCUUAGAAGAAACGGCAGUCAUUCUCGACGGGAAGGAGUAUGAAAAUAAGCUGGUUGAGGGAACAGCUGCUGUCAUAAGGAAGACUCUCGAUGAUCCUAGCAAGUAUCCAAUCACUGCGGAGAGGAAGCUAGCACUGCCCGACUCAUAA